GUUGAACAGCCUGCGUCAAUACACCACAACAGAAUUAUGGGAUUGUUCAGAAUGGUGUAAUAGCUUUAUAGUAGAAGGGUUUGGAAUAGUCUGGUUCAGUUUCAAGUUGAUAGUUCUCGCGAUCGUCAAGUGAUUAACGUCUGCGACUUAUAUUUUGGAUUAUUAUUAAAAGAUAACUAAAGCAUUCUAAGAUGACAACUUGGAAAGAAGAUGGUUACUACGGCACUCCACAAGGUACAGCUCCACCUCCACCAGGUUUCCUUCCUGGAGGCUAUCCUCAAGCAGGUUAUCCUCAGCCAGGUUACCCACAGCCAGGUUAUCCACAACCAGGUUACCCCCAGCCAGGUUACCCUCAAGGAGGUUAUCCACAAGGAGGAUAUCCAUCUGCUGGUUAUCCUCAAGGAGGCUAUCCAUCAGCAGGCUACCCAGGUUCAUUUGGUGGCAGUCCACCUCCCACAGCAGGAAUGCAGGGUUACAAUUCAACGAGUUAUGGGGAAGAUCCCCUGGGAUCACAUGGAUUCGACUUCAGUGACAAGUCAAUACGGCUUGGAUUCAUUAGGAAAGUGUAUGGGAUAUUGAUGGUACAGCUGACAGUGACUCUUUCUUUCAUUGCCUUGUUCACAUUCCAUGAAGGCACAAAAAGAUAUGUUUUUGCGCAUCCUGCUCUUUGGUGGAUUUCUCUUAUUGUGAUGUUCGUUUGCCUUUUGUCCAUGGCAUGUUGUGGAGAAGUUAGACGAAAAGCACCAAUGAACUUCAUUUUUCUCUCUGUUUUUACUUUAGCUGAAAGCUUUCUCCUUGGUUGUGCAACAGCUACAUUCAAGAAAGAAGAGGUAUUUCUGGCAGUUUUAAUUUGCACGGUUGUCACCCUUGGGCUGACUCUGUUUGCUUUUCAAACAAAAAUAGAUUUCACAAUGAUGGGAGGCGUCCUGUUUGUUGCUGCUCUUAUAUUGAUGAUAUUUGGUAUAAUAACUAUUUUCUGGCAUGGAAAAACCAUCACUCUAAUCUAUGCAUCUUUUGGAGCCUUGCUGUUUUCAGUUUAUAUAAUCUACGACACACAGAUAAUGCUGGGAGGAAAACAUAAAUAUGCUAUAUCACCUGAGGAGUACAUUUUCGCCGCUUUAAAUCUUUACCUUGAUAUUAUCAAUUUGUUCUCGUAUAUACUUACAAUCAUAGGCGCAAGUCGUGAUUAAACUGUUUGCUUUGGUACAUUUGUUUUAUUAUGUAUGUUUAAUAAGAAUCUCUAAAAUGUCCAUGUGUUUAAUAAAAGCAACUGGCAGCCCUUAUUUGUGUGGCUUUUAAAAUGUGAAUAGUUCUUUUAAAUGUUAUGGAAUUCUGUAAUAUUUGCAAAGAGUCGCCUUUAUCUUCAUUACAAUUUAAAAAGAUAACCUUUUACAGCAUUCUAAAUAUAAAGCUGUGGUCUAGUAUAUAAUAAAUAUUUUCUGAUAUUUUGUUUUCAGUCAGGUUUAUUGAGUGUAAAGAGUGUGUGUUAAUGCGGACACACAUACACUAGCACAGUGUUAAUAAAAUCACUUAAAUACUAGUCAUGAUUUUCCUUUUUAUUGAAAGAAUUUUUUUAUUUUUUAUGAUGUAGCGGCUGCUUUAGAUCAAUGUUUAUUGUGUAAUUUUAUUUCUUUUGUCUCAAAGUUUUUCUUUCCAGAUUUCUUUUUAUCCGUUUUAAAUUAAAAAGAAAAAAUAUGUAACUGAUUUUUGUUUAAAAAAUCUAUCGCUUGUGAUUGUGAUUUAGAAUCCUAUUAUAAUUAUGUAUAGUUUAUUUUAAGAUGGAAUAACCGAAUAUUGUUAUUGGGAUGGAUGAAAGCUAAUGAGACUGUUUUACCUUGCGCUGUAUUAUGUGAAUUCCUGAGAAGUCUGAGUGUUUGUUGUGUCAGGUGAAUGUUGAGCACAGUUAUUUAAGCUGUAUGAAAGGUUAUAUUAAAUUAAAAUUUGGAAAUUUAUAUAUGGUACAUGUUAAGUGUAGAUUACAUCAUUACCUAGGAGGAGGAUAUUUUUUCAAAUUCUCUUUAUUCUGUUUUAUAAUGAGGAAGAUUAUAUGAUUUGGUCUAUUAAUAGUACUUUACCUUUCCGAUUUACAAUAAACAAAUAUUGAAAAAGGCAGAUAAAUCAAUAAUUUAUCUUCUUUAUUUUAGACGUAUAUUUAAUUUUUUUAAAAAUAUUCAGAAACAA